AUGGAAGCUUCGUCGCCGUCGGUGUCGUCCGGAAGGGAGGCCGGCAGGACAGCCCUCCUCUUGCGCCGCCAGCAGCUGACAGACGCCUUGGCCGCUGAACCCUAUGAUAUAAUCCUCUUCCUGCAGCGAGCCGUCGCCUACUCCAACCUAGCCUACCCCGACCUGGCCGCUGCCGAUGCUUACCGCGCCCUGCUCCUGGCCGACGAAGUGCGCGAAGAAGGACUCGAGUACCACGAUCAAGCCCGAGAGGCUCUUGACAAGUACAUUGACGAGCCAUGUCCCGAAGUGCUGCGCUAUGGGUCCCUCGUACACGACGAUAUGAUCCGUGGAGCCCCCGAUGUGGACUUGGUGGACGGCGAAGGCGUGGCCGGGCCCAACCGUCAUGAUCAGCUUGCCUCACUUGCCUCUGCUCGCUGCUUCCAGAUCCUGUCGCUCAGCCUCUUGCUCUGCGGGUGUCUCAAGACUGCACUGACUUUCUGCGAGAGGGGCCUCGCCGCCGUUCCCAACAACAGGGAGCUCGUCGAGACGAAGAUUUAUAUCGAACAGGUUGCGAGACGGAGGCUACGGAAGCGGCCAGACGAACCAAUCAACCGAAACCACCUUCCCGACCGCGGCGUUGUGCGCCGAGAGAUAUACCCGUGGAACACGCACGAACCAGACCGCUUCUCGGACGAGUCAAUUUCCUACAUGAAUCAGCGCCUCGCUCCCAUGGCGCCCAAGUGCGAAGUCAGGGUCGCCAGCCUCCCUGUGCUUCUCGAGGGAGCUAGCGACACGGACGGAUUCGACUUUGUUCCCACGUGCGAACAACUAGGCCUGUUCGCUAAGGAAGACAUUGCCCCUGGCGAGGUGGUCCUGAGAGAGUACUCGCUCCUGACGGCCAACAGCAGGCAUAAAGAGUCGACCUGCGAUGCCUGCGGGGCCGAGCUGCCGCCCCUUGGGCCCGAUACGCAGGCCGUCAACUGUCCCGAGUGCUACGACACAGUCUUUUGCGACGACUUCUGCUUCUCGCAGGCCCAGAGAAAGUACCACCCUGCAGUGUGCGACCGCGACGUCGAUUCCAUCGCAAAGGAUCCGGAAAACAACGACAUUGAUGAGUCGCUCUACCUUCUCCUCCUGGCCCGCCUGUUGGCCAUGUCAGCCCACCAGGACGUGCACCCCCUCCAAGUGGACGAGAUAAAAUACAUAUGGGGCGACUUUGUGCCAACAGAACUCAACGACAUUGACUUGUCGGCCGAUGCCGGGCCGCCUCCGGAGUGGACGCUUCCUUUCUCGUUUAAGUACAGCAUCGAGACGCCGCUCCAUCUCCUCGAAAAGAUGGACAUUGAUAUAUACGCCACCCUGGACCGACACGAACAGUGGGUGUUCAAUACGGCCUACGGCAAAUUCCGCGGCACCGCGUCGGCCCGCAAGAACCUGCGCGACGGCCGCCCCGACGUGGCCGCCGUUCAUCCAUUCUGGUGCUUGGCGAACCACGACUGUAAUCCAAACGUUACUUGGGAGUGGGGCGGCCGCAUGGUGCUCUGGGCCCGCGAGACGCGUAUCCUCGGGAACACGCCCAGAGGCAUCCAGGCCGGCGAGGAGAUCCUCAACCACUACUGCGACGUCGACCUCCCUGUACAGGAGCGCAGGGAAUGGGCGAAGGGCAGUCUCGGCGGCUGGUGCAUGUGCAAAAGAUGUCGGAACGAAGCGUCAAACGCGCCUUCGAGUACCGUAUGA